CUCCAAUAAAGCACAGCAAAAGUCGCCGCUCCUCUUCCUUCGUUGCAGCCAACCGACCAACCCGACAGCAGGGCAGCGCGCAGGAGCGGCGGCGUAAAACGAAACCACGGGAGGCUCGAGUGUGCGUGCCGGCGCAACUAAAAAAAACAAAACAAACCAAAAAUAAACCCCGAGAUGAUUAAUUAGUAAAAUAAAGGCUCUCGGUAACAGGACGCCGAGGAGCAGCUGAUCCGGAGCUUUGGGGGCUGACACAGAGGACACAUGUGGAGGUUGUGUUCCUAGAACAGGCCAGUUUCAAUAGGCUGCAGCGUCACGGAGGCAGCUCGUGUGCGCACUGGAAACCCGGGAUUCGAUUGGCGGAGCCGAGGAAGGGGAGCCCCGGCCUCUCACCACUGCAGGAGGAGCAGCAGAGUUGAGGAAACCGACAGAGAGAGGGAAAGAGAGAGAGAGGGAGAGAGAGACUGCCAAGACAGCAGCAGCAGCCUGCGCACUUUAAAAAACGGCACAGCCUCCUCUGCCGCACGCCAUGAGGGACUUCACCCAACCUGACGGCGCAGGAUGCAGCGCUGCAGCUGCGUAGUUUGUUAGACACGAGUCCGCUGCAGAGGAUCCAGGCCCAGCCGGCUGCGACAUUUGGCUUCUCCGCCCGCCGAGAGUUGCUCAUCCGUCCCUCUCCGGAGAGCUGCCCCCCCUGCCGCCCUGCCGCCCUGCGCCCCUGGCCUCGCAGCGGCCGGACGGACGGACAUGGGAAAUGUAAACAGUAGCCGGGCUGGAUUUUGAACCACUCGCACCGUCCUCCUCCUCCUCCUCCUCCUCCUCCUCCACCUCCACCUCCUCCUCCUAGUCCCGGGGCGUCCGAGAUGAAGAUGGAGCCGGAGAGGGUCGAGCUGGAGCAGGAGGGAGACGCAGAGCCGCCCAUGCACAGCGUCCACGGAACCAACCGGAUCAGACCGUCCUCGUACCGGGCCCUGCGCAGCGCCGUGUCCAGCCUGGCCCGCCUGGACGACUUCAGCUGCGAGAAGAUCGGAGCAGGGUUCUUCUCCGAGGUGUUCAAGGUGCAGCACCGGGUGUCGGGUCAGGUCAUGGCUCUGAAGAUGAACAUCCUGGCCAGUAACAGAGCCAACAUGCUCAGGGAGGUCCAGCUCAUGAACCGGCUGUCACACCCCAACAUACUCAGGUUUAUAGGAGUGUGUGUCCAUGAGGGGCAGCUUCACGCUCUCACAGAGUACAUCAACGGCGGCAACCUGGAGCAGCUGUUGGGCAGCGACAUGUACCUGUCGUGGAGCCUGCGGCUCAGCCUGGCUCUGGACGUCGCCCGGGGACUGCAGUACCUGCACAGCAAGGGCAUCUUCCACAGAGACCUCACCUCCAAGAACUGCCUGGUGCGCUGGGAGGGCUGCGUGUGCUCAGCUGUUGUGGGGGACUUUGGCCUGGCGGAGAAGAUCCCAGAUUACAGUGAGGAAGAGGACCAGGAGCCUCUGGCUGUGGUCGGCUCCCCCUACUGGAUGGCCCCGGAGGUGCUCCGAGGGGAGGUCUAUAAUGAGAAGGUGGAUGUGUUUGCGUUCGGGAUCAUCCUGUGUGAGGUCAUCGCGAGGAUACAGGCCGACCCCGACAUCCUGCCACGCACUGAGGAUUUUGGUCUGGAUGUGGAGGCCUUUCAGCAGAUGGUUGGAGACUGUCCUCCUGAUUUCCUGGAACUGACCAUCGCCUGCUGUAAUAUGAAUGCAAAAGUCCGUCCGUCCUUCUCGCAAAUUGUAGUGGACCUGGAGAGGAGGCAGGCUGAGAGGAAGCAGAAGGACGAACCAACAGUCAAAGUUUGUCCAUCGAUCGGCUCUCAACGAAGGCGAUCCCUCUGCCUCCCGUCAGACCCUCGCCUCUCCCGCAGCAAGUCUGACAUGCUUCAUCCACCAGACACACCAAACUCUGUUACCUUGGCAACUCCUGCCCGGGUCAACCCCUUCUCUCGGAGGGAGGACCUCAAGGGCGGCAAGAUCAAGCUGUUCGACACUCCCAGCAAGUCGGUCAUCUCCCUCACCUUCACCCUGCCGCCCCCGCCAGACUGCGACGACCCUUCUGCGUCCGAGACGGACGGCAGCGACCAACCUAGGAGGCACAGGCGCUGCCACUCGCUGCCGUGUACGCCUCCUCCAAACCUCACGUCGGCGCCGAACACCGUCCUAACUGAGGAGGAGUCCAUGUCUGAGGUAGAGGUUGGGAAUGAUGCACAGAGUGAAGAAGAGAGACUGUUGGGAGAUGAGAAGGAGGUCAUGGAGGGGGGUGAUUCAGGGCUUCCUCUGUCGCUGGACCUGCUGGACCAAGACAAGGAGGAUGAGGAGGAGGAGCCCAUGGACUGCACCAGCUCCCCGGACACGCAAGACAGCACUCCGUCUCCUUACCCAAAACUCUCCCAGCCUCCAUCCCACUCCUCAACUCCCAUCCAACCCUCCGCCCCUACCCUCUCAAAUGGCUGGGGGUCGGCCAUCUCCAACGGGCCUCCCUGCCUGCCUCCCCUCUCCAACUUGGACAACAACAACGUGGUCGUGAGUCGACCCUUGGGGUGGAGCGCCACCAACGCGAGCGCUCCCACUGCAACCAACAACAACGGCUACCACUCCCCCCACAGCGACCCCGCUGGAUCAUCCCCGUUCGGCUCCGGCAGCGGACACUCUCUGGACCAGGAGGAGGUGAUCUCCUGUCCCGGUUGCUGCCUCGCUGGCCUUCGCUUUCCCUCAAUGUGUCUCAGAGCUCCACCGCGUAGAAACCCCUACAAGAACUUGAAUGGGGACCACGCGGCCUCACGUGGCCUGCUUUGUCCAGGACCCAAGGGCCUACCGCCCUCUCCUACACCCACAACCACCACCACCAGCCUGGAGCCGGGACUGUCCUUGCCGGGGGCGCAGACAUAAACCCCAGUGUCUGAUCACCAAAUACAAAGACGUGUCGAAACUCUGCACCAAAAGUUCCUCACUGGAAAUUUAGUCAGUCUUCUUGGAAUUUGCACAGAUUUAACUCAGCAAUACCCUGCUUAUUUUCCACACAUACUUUUGGUGCAGAACAGGCGCUGAGUCAAACACACUCCAGGCUGAUUUUCUCCUUUAUAAGCUGUGGGACAAAGGAACUGAUGUCCUUGCUGGUGACCUGUUGCGUGUCGCCCUCUGCUGGGCUGAGGGUGACACGCACGACUUCAGAGUCAGCAGUGCCUGCGUAGAUCUGACUGAUGAUCGGUAGCAUCCAGAACUGUUCAGCAUGUAAACACUCCAGUUUGGGGCCCCACUGGUUAGAUCCUGUAUAUUUGCAGAUGUAAAGAUUCCUAUGACUGAUGAUGAUGAUGAUGAUGAUGAUGAUGAUGAUGCUGAAAUGAGGAAUGUUAAGCUUAGUAUUAUUACUGCUGCAAUGAUUUUCGAUGUUUGGUGCUGUUUCUGAAUGAACAGGCAGUUUUGCUUUAAUGUCUUUAAUUAUCAAGAGGUGUAUGGUGCACUGCAGGGCUGUGUGUGUGUGUGUGUGUGUCUGUGUGUGUGUGUGUGUGUGUGUGUGUUUGUAUGUGACAGGGACAAAUGAGUGUGUAGUGGAUUCAGUGUGAGAGGCUGGAUAUGAGGGUGUGUGCUGUACACCGUUCCUUUGUUGCUGUAUGAUCUCUAUUGGCCCUUCUGGUUGCCUGGUUUAAGCACUUCAACUGUAUUACUGUUAAUAAGGAAAUAUUUGAUGUCAUUAUUACUUUUUGGAAUGAAUGGUCAAAGACCUGCUUAAGAGAUGUACAGAUUCUUAUUAUUUAAAAAUGGUAUUGAAUAAAAAGAUAGAAUGCA